CUCUCGCGCGAGUCGGAUGUCGGCUGAUCCAUGUUGAACGAGCGCACGUCUGCCGAAAUCGUCGACGUCUACGCGUCGAGAAAUUAAUCGAGCCUUCGAAGGGACCGACGACGCGGGGGAGGAACCAGUUUUCCGAGUGUGCACCGGUGCUUCGAUUCCGCUGGCUGCGAGUGCGUGCUCUCAAUGACCGACGUUUGAUUCGACAUCGCUCGUCGACGACGGAUAAGCGCGAUCGUACCCUCCCGCUGCUUCGAACGCAUCCGUCGAAGAAGCCACGCGAGUGUGUAGCCGUGUAUGCCGAUCCGCGUAUGUCGUGAUGCUGCAUGCUGACGGACGAAGAUCGGCGGGGCUGCUCGACACCCUCGCGAUCGCUUCCUCCUGACAGCUGCGUGCCUCGUGCGUCGUCCACCGUUGACGAGAUACAGUGUGGUCCUCCCGUUGGACGAUGUCGCCGCAGUGAUAUUACAGUGCUAUAUAACAGGCCGACCAGUGUGUUUUUACCGCUACCGGAUGGAUUACCCUCGCUGAGAGAAGUGGCGCACGGUGAGCCGCGAACAGUGUCCGCCGCUGUAGUUUGUGAUCCGUAGAAGUGUGGCGUGCUGCUGCUACUACCACCAGCGAUAACACGCACGUGUGACAGUUUCCGUACGUGCGCGACCCGUGGAUUCUUCGAUAGGUGGGAAAAGUUCGAGCAGCGACCUCAGGGUUUCCGAUUCCGCUGGACGUUGCGAGCCGUCCGCGUCUCUCGCGGGAUAGCAAUCCGGUGUCCGGUUAAGUCCGUGGCUCCCCGAGCAAUGUUCACAUAGUGCGUUACCGUUGAUCGAUAGCGACGAUAUCUGGAUUCUUCGCCGCGAUUGCCAUGGAUUUCUCCGACUUGGAUGCGCCGGCAACCCGGCGCUCUUACGCCAGGGAUUUCAUGGAGCUCCUCGGGGGAGGAUCGACGAAACGGGAGACAAUCAGGUGCCGGAUACGUAGAGAACAAAAGGUUGAUUCGAUUCGUCAAAGAGCACACACCAGAACGAGACCGAAGGGCACGCCGCAAUCGACAUCGUCUAUAAUCUGGCUACCGUUGUUACUGACACUGGGAACCAGGACAACGUCCGCCACGAACAUGACGAACGUGUCACCCUUGGCUUCGACGGCGAGGCCGGUUACGACCACGGAAGUAGUUUAUCAACGGUUCGCGAUCGAGCCAAUGGAUCAGACCGCGGUGAUUGGCAGUCGCGUGACGCUUCCUUGCCGAGUCCUCGACCAGAAAGGACCCAUUCAGUGGACAAAAGACGAUUUCGGCCUCGGCGCGGUCAGGAAUCUCACGGGAUACGAGCGGUACGCCAUGAUCGGCAGCGACGAGGAAGGCGACUUCUCGUUGCACAUAUUCCCGGUGGAACUGGAGGACGACGGCACCUACCAGUGUCAGGCCUCGCCGACGAACGACGGCCAACCGGCUUUGCGCUCGAGAUUCGCCAAGCUGAGCGUCCUGGUUCCGCCGCAGAAGCCGAAGAUCCUUCAGGGCGACUCUCUUAUCACCACGGAGGACCGGAAGCUGGUGAUCGAGUGCGUCAGCGUUGCUGGCAAGCCGCCCGCGGAGAUCACGUGGAUCGACGGCUUAGGGAACGUGCUGCACGAGGGUAUCAAGACGACGAAAGAAUGGUUCGACGACGGGCCCCUCUACACCGUGAAAUCCGUCCUGACGGUGAUGCCGCGGAAGGACCACGACAACACGACGUUCACGUGCCAAAGUCAGAACGCGGCUGACCGCACGCCGCAGAACGCCAAGCUGCGCGUCGAGGUUCGCUACGCGCCGAAAGUGUCUCUGAGAAUCCGGUCUGGCCUGGACAAGAAUGGCCGCAUCAUCGAGGGAACCGAGCUCCGGUUCAAAUGUCGUGCCGAGGCCAAUCCAUCGAACGUGGAAUACAGGUGGUUUAUCAACGAGAAGAAGGUCAUCGGGGACUACACCACGGAGAUGAUCAUCCACAAUGCGACCCGCGAUCUUCACGACGCGAUCGUAAAGUGCGAGGUCCACAACGACGUCGGGAAAAGCGAGGACACCGAGACCCUGGAUAUAACCUACGGGCCGCAGUUUCGACACCCACCGGUCUCGGUGGAGACGCAAUACGGCGCCAAGGAAAUCUUGCAAUGCAACGUCGAUGGGAACCCGACCCCGGAGAUACGCUGGUACCACGAGGACUCGGAGCGACAGGUCGCCUCUACGCCGAACAUAAGCGUCGCCGUGGAUCACGAGACAGCCGGACGGUACUUCUGCAAAGCUUACGUGCCCGGCUUCCCGAAAUUGACGGGCUACGCGAACAUCUACAUCCGAGCGCCGCCGAGCAUCGAGUCGCAGAGGGUCCAGUAUGUGCCCGACGAGGGAGUCGUCAAGGUGAAGUGUACAGCGAUAUCUGUGCCAAAAGCGGACUCGGUGGUAUGGAGCUUCGCCGGUCGCGAGCUCAAUUUCUCGUCGAACAAUACGCCUUUCUACGUGCAAGAGGAAUACACCGCCGAGAGGGUCGUCAGCACUGUCACACUGCUUGAUCCCAUAUCUACGUACUUCGGGGAUUACAACUGCACGGUCACGAAUAGCUUCGGCAUGGAUUCCGUCAUAAUCAAGCUGACGGCACACACGUUGAUUCCAGUCGAUUGGCAACUGAUUCUCAUCAUCGGCGGAUUGGUCGUCUGCGUGAUCCUGAUUGGCGUGAUCAUUAUACUAAUUCUGCAGUGUCGCGACCGCAUCAAACAGCCGCGGCCGAGGACAGCACAGACUCAGGAGACUGAUAUGCAAGAAACAGAUUCGAACGCUGAUCGAUAUCGAGAGAGUGACAGAAGCAGUAACCUCUCGGAUGUCAAAGCGGAUAUUCGAGCGGGCUCGAGUGUCAGCAACGCGGAGAGCGUGACAGCACUUGACAGCGAGGGCGAAGGAAGCACGAGAGGCGUGAACGCAUUGGCACUGGCCGGGCCUGUUCCGAAUCCGCUGGGUUAUCGUUACAGCGCCGAUUACACGGAACCGUCGUUCCCGCCGAAGAAUAACGACGGCAGUAACAACAACGGUUACGUGCCGUACGUAGACUACACCCGCGACUACAUGCCGCCCACGACGCAAGGCGUGGGUGCGUCGCGGGAAUCCUUAAGCAGGAUACCGUCGGGCGGGAUCCUCGCCUCGAAGAAGAUCGGCCUGAGUUCCGCGAACCUGGGCACCUCGAGUCCGCAGGCAACUCCCGCGAUCGACCCUCGUUUCUCCGCAACGUACGGGAACCCCUACCUCAGAAUGUCAGCGGCGGAGCAGCUGAGACACGCGCCACACACGGCGGUGCCGGGAGUGACGCCAGCACCACCACCCUACACGCAAGCAAUGAGAAUGAAUAGCUUGAAUACCUUGAACGGCGCUGGGCCGCAGGCUCCAUUGUCGGCGCACUACAUCACGGGCGGCCCGAACGGCGGCGUCGCGACGGUGAAACGCACCUCGGCGGUGGGGACGUUAGCGACGCAUGUAUGAGGCCAGGGGGUCUAUCCGAACUA